GUACUUCAGUUAUACAAUUAACUGCUUCUGUUCUUCUUCAAAGCCAAUUCUCUGUCAGUUUUCGUUUUCGAACUUUUUCUGCUUGCAAUCGAAGUAUUAAAAUUGAUGGAAAUGGUUAAAGAAUUACACAAUUUGUUAAAAAGUAAUUUUCUUCUUUUAGUUCCCGAUGGUGUUUUAUUAGCUUCUGGACGUAUUACUUCUCCCAAAUACUCAUAUUACCCUUAUUUGGAAGGUAGAACAAUUAAAAUUUUCGAAUUUAAUUUUUUGUAA